GAAAAUUCUUGAUCCAUCGAUUUUCAAAAAUGCUUUUUUCGAGAUAUCUGUAUGGUAAACCUGUUACUUGGGGGAAGAAACUUACUAGCUAGUAUAAUUAUCUCACCGAGGGGAAAUUUCUUUGGAUAAUCUACUUACUAAAUGUAAAAAGAAAAACUCAUAAUACGUCCUUCUAGCACUGAAAUUCAUAAAAUGGAAAUUCGAAAGCUUAAUUUGAAAGCAACAAAAUGGAGGCGUGAUGGUACUGCAGCAGCCUUGGUAAUUGAGCCAUCUAUCUCUACCUAGCAUGGUCGAUCGCCUUUUUCUGCAGAUAGAUCCGCAGGACCCGAAGAGCCUCGACACCGAUCAAGCACCCAGCUUGCCGCAGUCUCCCGCGCCGCUCCUUGGGAAGCCCUACGUUGAUCACGACCUCAUGCGGCCGAGACCUGUUUUUGUUUCCGUUGAAAACGAUCGAACUUUGAUUAAGGCUGGCAUUCGAUAUUUUCCUUGUUUCGUACGAGGUCUACACCUAAGUCGAGCUCGAGCGUAAUAAGCAGAAUGACAGUUUCAUCUUUUUUGUGAAGCAACUAUUUUCCUGCACGACCGCUAAAUUGAGCAUGCCCGCGAGCAGCACAACAAGACCAGAGGACAGAAGCACAGGUGGCACGGCGAUCCAUCGGAAAGGAAAAGAAAAUCAUGAAUAUUUCCCCAUAGGAGAAGUGGCUUUUGUGCUUUUUUCAGCAGGCCUGUUUGCUUCUGUGACUUGGAAGUACACCCGCACAGACGUGGCGCUGCUCCCUCCAACAGUCCCCGACGACCCAAGACUGGGGGACCCAAAGCAUGCUGACACAGUUCCGAAUUCCUAUCUUUUGGUCAUGGCGAUCUGCGUGGGUGUCCUGUUGCAGUCGGGUUGGCAAAGCGAAUUGUCGCGAAUCUGCGGCUGGGCAGAAGAUAGCGCUGUUGCGUGUGAACAAGAAAAUCAUGGAUCGGCUGGACCACGACGUCAGCCUUCGAGUAGCGCCCCCUCUGGUGGAUCCGCGACUCCGAGCACCACUAGGGAACACUCUGGCUCAGAAUUUCUGCGUACUGCAACACAUGCAAUAGCAAUUGAAGACGGAGAGCAAAAAAGAAAAUUCCAAGCCGGUGACAAUGCAUAUCCUAGCAUGGCGCGACUCAACGACGCAGUCAGUGGUGAACAUCUCAGGCCUCCGCAUCGUUAUGCGAAAGCAUUGGUUUGCUUCUAUUUUUGGGGAGUCAUUUUAGUUGCCGAAGCUCUUCACUUUCUGUUCAAGCUUUACGUAGCAAGGGAAAGACCUUGCUUCUACGAGAUGUGCAAUUAUGAUUUUGCGACGCAAGCAUGUCGGUUACCUACAUCUUCUAGCACAGGCGGGACUUCGUCGUCUCUACAUGAUCGUGGCGCUGCUCCCGGACCAGGAGCCCCAGGGGCAUAUUCUUGGUCAGAGGUGCGUCAUAUUGUCAGCGCGCAUCAUUCCUUUCCGAGUGGGCACGCGACGACGGCUGCGGCAGUCGCAACUCUGGUAGUCCUAGACAGCCGCAGUGGUCCUCUCCAGGCUCUCGUGUCUCUCGCAGCGCUUUACGUCGCUCUUUCGCGCCUCACGGACAAUAAGCAUGACUAUGCAGACAUUCUAUGUGGUAUGGGUCUUGGAGUUGUCACUGCUUCGCUAGGUUACAAUUAUUUCGUUGCCAAAUUCGCAGCAACGACCACGCCUUCAAUUUCAGAAAGGACUGCUGAAGGUCGACCUGCUCCACUGGACGAAGUGAUUGAACUUGAAGAAAAAACGUCUCCAUUUUCGGGAGCCUUGCUUGCUGGUUCUGGUUAUAGCUCCGGCACAGAUGCAAACUCAACAACAGGAUUACGAAACUCUCAAAUGACAGCUGAUUCACAUAAAUCUACACGAGAACAAGAAAUCGAAAUGACAACGAGGUAA